AUGUCUGAGGAACUUGCUGCUCUUCAGAAAACAGAAACUUGGGUUCUCACAGAUUUACCCACUGGAAAUCCGUUGUUGGAUGCAGAUAGAUUUACAAAAUCAAAACAAAGGCUGAUGGGUCUAUUGACAGAUACAAAGCCCGUCUUGUUGCAAAAGGAUAUACUCAAGAGUAUGGAAUCGGUUAUGAAGAAACCUUUGCCCCGGUCGCUCGUUUGCAAACUUCGACGGGCUCUUUAUGGUCUCAAACAAGCGCCUCGGGUUUGGUUUGAGAAAUUCUCCACAACUAUUCUGCAACGCGAUUUUUCUCAGAGCUUUCAUGACCCAGCAAUGUUUACUUGCUCCUCUCAGCAUGACAUUGUUAUUCUACUGCUUUAUGUCGACGAUAUGGUCAUCACUAGGGAUGACCUGAAUGGUAUAUCCAGGCUCAAAGCUUAUCUAUGUUCGUGUUUCGAAAUGAAAGAUCUGGGUGUGCUUCGCUACUUCCUUGGUAUUGAGGUUGCUCACUCCUCUACAGGCUAUUUCCUCUCCCAAGUAAAGUAUGCCUCUGAAAUUCUCGCCCGUGCGGGCCUUAUUGACAACAAGACCGACGAUACUCCUCUUGAGAUGAAUGUCAAACUCUCCCCUUCUAAUGGCACCCUACUACCCAAUCCCACAUUAUAUCGACAACUUGUGCGAAGUCUCAACUACCUCACUAUCACUAGACCUAACAUCAAUCAUGUUGUCCAUAUUGUGAGCCAAUUCAUGUAUUCUCCCCGUUCUGUUCACUUUGUUGUCGUUCUCCGUAUCAUACGCUACAUCAAAGGGACCUUGCACCAGGGCCUGCAUCUUGCUUCUAUAUCUCGUCCUAUGUUACAAGGAUACUUUGACUCAGACUGUGCUGGUGAUUUUGAUCGACGUUCCACAAUCGGGUACUGUAUUUUCCUUGGCAAAUCACUCAUCUCGUGGAAAAGCAAUAAACAGACUGUCAUUGUCUGCUCCAGUGCCGAAGCUGAAUAUCGUGCUCUUACUCAUGCUUCUGCCGAAAUUGUUUGGCUUCGCUGGUUGCUUCAAGAUAUGGGUAUUGACCAUCCUGACCCCACGCCCUUAUAUUGUGAUAACAAAAGUGUCGUCCAAAUAGCCCACAAUGAUGUCUUUCAUGAGCGCACUAAGCAUAUUGAAGUGGAUUGUCAUUUUGUUCGUCAACACUUUAUUCAAGGGCAUAUUCUGCUACCGCGCAUAUCUUCCGAGUUUCAGACAGCCGACUUGUUCACCAAACCUCAUGUGGUUGCCAGGUUCCAGUUCCUUGUAUCCAAGCUUCGGAUGCUCUUCAAGCCUCCAUAAUCUUGAGGGGGGUGUUAGAAUAUUUCUACAUAUGCCUAGAAUAUUCAU